AGCUAAAGCCAGCAACUUCAAGAACCUCUUGAAAACUCUCGAAUUUUCACAAUUUUCCUCUCCGGAAACUUCCUAUCCCAACCCUUAUAAAUAACCUUCACCACCCCACUCCGAUCAUCAUCAAGAACAGAAAAUUCUUCAGCUAAUACAAUCAAACAACAAUCUCAAACCAAGCGCAAAAACAACAACUAUGGAUUUCAGGCUAAUGGGUAUUGACGCGCCUCUCUUCCACACCCUCCACCAAAUGAUGGACAUCACCGGAGAUGACUCCGACAAGUCAUCCAACGCUCCGACACGGUCCUACGUAAGAGAUGCAAAGGCGAUGGCAUCAACACCAGCUGACGUGAAGGAGUAUCCAAACUCCUACGUGUUUAUCAUAGACAUGCCAGGGUUGAAGUCGGGUGACAUCAAAGUGCAGAUAGAAGAUGAAAAUGUGCUGCUGAUCGCCGGUGAACGGAAGCGUGAGGAGGAGAAAGAAGGAGCGGCUAAGUAUGUGAGAAUGGAGAGGAGAGUUGGCAAGUUUAUGAGGAAAUUUGUGCUGCCGGAGAAUGCUAACGUUGAUGCCAUUUCUGCUGUAUGUCAUGAUGGGGUUUUGACUGUUACUAUUGAAAAACUGCCGCCGCCGGAGCCGAAGAAGCCUAAGACUAUUGAGGUUAAGGUUGCUUGAAAUGUGAACUGUAGGUUGUGUCUUCUGGGUUUUGUUAAGAGUGCAGUUUGGUUUAUGUUUCGGUUUUUAUUUUGUAAACUUUCUUGGUUUGUGUUGCUCUGUGUCUGAGUGAUCUUUGGCUUCUAGCAAGAAGCUGUUAUGUUAUGUAGUAGAGACCAGAAUAAUAUAUUUGUGAAUUGAAGUGCUGUUAAGCCGAUGAUGUUCAGAUCA